AUGCUAUGCGACGAUAUUGAAGUGUUUAGGCAGAAAAAGCUGCUCAAAAGAUUGAGAGAUGCUCGUGGAAACGGUACAAGCAUGAUAUCACUCGUGAUUCCUCCAAAGGAACAAAUCUGUAGAAUCACUAAAAUGUUAACAGAUGAAUAUGGCACAGCCACCAACAUAAAGAGCAAAGUAAACAGACUGAGCGUACAGACAGCAAUUACAUCCACCAUAAACAAGCUGAAAACAUACACAAAGACGCCUAAGAAUGGACUUGGUGUCUUUGUAGGGGAAAUCUUAUUGGACGACAACAAAAUAAAGAAGGUCGCCCAUGGAAUCGAACCCGUCAAGCCAGUUAAUACGUCACUCUAUCUCUGUGACAGCAGAUUUCACAUCGAAGAUCUCCUAUGUCUAUUUGAAGAUGAAUCAAAAUAUGGAUUUGUGGUGAUGGAUGGUCACUGUACACUGUUUGCAACAUUACAGGGGAAUACACAGACAGUUCUACAAACAAUUACAGUGGAUCUACCAAAGAAGCACAACAAGGGAGGACAAUCAUCAGUCAGAUUUGCAAGACUUCGUGUUGAAAAAAGACUGGCCUAUGUUAAAAAGGUCAAUGAAAUAUGCACAAAUCUCUACGUAACAAACAGCAAGGCCAAUGUAGAGGGGCUAAUUCUGGCAGGGCAGGCUGAUUUGAAACAUGAGCUAAAGAGUAUGAUAGACCAGCGACUUACUGUUAUUAAGACAGUGGAUACAAAUUACGGUGGUAGAAACGGUCUGAAUCAGGCAAUUGAACUGUCAGAAGAAAUUCUCAAAGACGUGAAAUUUGCAAAGGAAAAGAAAGUUUUACAGUCAUUUCUCCAUGAGAUUCACAUGGAUACAGGAAAAUACUGUUAUGGAUUUAAGGGAACAAUAGACGCAUUAGAAUCAGGUGCUGUGGAGCAUCUGAUUGUUUUUGAAGGUCUUGAGCUGAAGAAAGAGGAAGAUGACUUUGUUGACUGGAUUGCUGAGAACUACAAAAGUUAUGGAUGUGAACUAUCAUUUGUAACAGAUGCGAGUGGAGAAGGUACGCAGUUUGUAGAAGGUUUUGGUGGUUUAGGUGGCAUUUUGAGAUAUAGGAUUAGCAUGGAGGAAUUCGAUGAUGACGAAAAAGACCUGAGUUCACUUUCCAUUGAAGAUGAAGACAUCUUCUGA